UUUAUCCCCUCAUCUCCUCCCCGUUGCCACAACCUCAUACUGCAACCGCCCGCCGGAGUCAGCGGGAAACCGCCGUAAACCGCCUCUCCCCGGUACUGAGAAAACAAUUCCGAACUAAGAUUUUCUUAAUUUACUAAAAUGUCCUCCGUUCCCUUUCUCUCCGGCGCACCCGCUCUCUCCAUCACGACCACCACCACCUCAGUGCCUAAACUCUCAAUCUCAAAACCGCUGUCUGCUUCUCUUUCCCGGUCGAAUUCGAAUUAUUCUACCCGACUUCAAAAGAAGAGUCUCACUAUCAUCAAUGGAGGGUUAACUGUCUUGGCGUGCUCUACUUCGCCGUUUAUUGGCAGAGUGGGAUUGCAGAGGAGAGAAGGGAACGUGUCGCUGCUUUCGUUCGGUGUGAACUCUGGCGGCGUAACGCAGGCAGCGACGAAGAAUGAUUCGUCCCAAAUUUUAUCCGCAAUGCUUCCCUUCGUUGUUGCUCUAACUGCCGUCGUUGCUCUUGCUCAGCCACGGACUUUCACUUGGGUGUCCAAGGAAUUGUAUGCUCCUGCUCUUGGUGGGAUCAUGUUGUCUAUUGGGAUUAGACUUUCCAUUGAUGAUUUUGCCCUUGCAUUCAAGAGACCUGUACCACUAGCUAUUGGGUUCAUCGCGCAGUAUGGCCUCAAACCGGCACUUGGGGUCUUGGUUGCAAAUGCAUUUCGCAUGUCUCGUGUAUUCUAUGCUGGUUUUGUCCUCACAGCUUGUGUUGCAGGGGCUCAACUAUCUAGUUAUGCCAGUUUUUUGAGCAAAGGAGAUGUAGCCUUGAGUAUUCUCCUCACCAGCUCUGCCACGAUUGCUUCUGUGCUUGUAACCCCUCUUCUAACUGGCCUUCUUAUCGGUUCUGUUGUUCCGGUGGAUGCUGGUGCAAUGUCAAAAUCAAUUUUGCAGGUUGUUCUUGUUCCAGUCACUCUUGGGCUCAUGCUGAAUACUUAUGCAAAACCAGUUGUUGCUUUUCUUCAACCUGUGAUGCCAAUUGUUGCUAUGAUAUGUACAGCUUUGUGUAUCGGUAGCCCUCUUGCAAUAAACAGGACGCAAAUUCUAUCCCAAGAAGGUCUUCAGCUGAUUCUUCCUAUAUUGGCAUUUCAUACAGUGGCAUUCUUUGCUGGAUACUGGGUCUCCAAAAUUCCUGCUUUCAGGCAAGGGGAAGAAGUUAGCCGAACAAUUUCAUUAUGCACUGGAAUGCAGAGCUCGACCCUGGCAGGGCUACUUGCAACCCAGUUCCUUGGCAGUAGUCAAGCAGUUCCACCAGCUUGUUCAGUUGUUGCCAUGGCUAUCAUGGGCCUUUGUCUUGCCUCUUUCUGGGGCAAUGGCUUCCGAAUCAGGGACCUACCUUCCCUACUCAUCCCGAAAUCAGGUUCUCCUGUGAAGGCUUGAUGAAGCAACACCUAGAGAACUUUUUCCAAGGUAUAGAUCAGGCUAAUUUAAUCCAUAGAUUAGAAAGGAUCCUCCAAACAAAUGGGAAAACAGUUGUUGUCACAGUCAUAAACUAAUAUGGUGUACAGAGAAAAUAGAAGCAAAAUGUAAAAAUGGCGGGAAAAUAGCCAUGUCUAAAGAGCUGUAGAGAUCCCUUUGUCCUGUAGUUUUCAGUGUCUACGGUAUGUAGUAGUGUAUAGCUGGAUACAUAAGUUACAAAAUAAAGUAUGGCUGAAGUUAAUCUUACGCACACUCUGGCUGACAAAAAGGUAAAAAAUCAUACCUAUAUAUGCUCCCUGAUCUCCCAUCUAACCCAAAAAUCUUUGAGAAAUCUGCCCAAGAAGCUCUCAAUCUCAAGUAGGGCAAUGCAGCAUUUAAAAAAGGAUGUGAGAGCUUUGACUUAAAACAUGGUUUGUGUCAUGAGAUUUGGAUGGGAUAGUUAUAGCUGGACGUGUAACCAACAAAAUAACAUAAAAAGUAGUUGCAUAUUGCAAGUUUGCGGACCAAUUUGUUUCAGGUGUUAGGGAUCAACUGAUGGCUAUAGCCUCUCAACAUAAAAAUUUAUUAGUUGAUGGUAACAGAUGUCGUCAGUUGUUGGGUCCAAGUUCAACAGUUGGGUUUUCUAGUUUCAACAGCUACAUGCAGUUGAAAAAUGAGUCUCCACUACCGGUGUUUCAUAGCAAAUUUUGUCAUCUGCUGGGAACAUUUGACAAUUGCUGGGUCCAACGGCUGGGUGGGUUUUUAACU